GUGCAUGCAUUCCCAUUCAUUUAUGGUUCGGAGACUGGCGAGUGUGUUGGUGCCAAGCCUGGCUCUCGCCAAACCCAAUCUAAACCUGCAUCUCUCUCUCUCCUCACUCAUUCUCAUAAUUCCGAGUGCAGUCGAGUUGAUUUGCGCUUGUUAUUUGUGUGAUUCGGAAUUGUAGGUUUCCAUUCAUGUUUGAUUUUCGGAGGGACUUUUAUCUCAGGAAUACCACCAGGAACCCGAAGGUCAUCGCAGGCUAGUAUAUCCUUGCAGUGGCCGAUUUUGUUUGAGGGAGGUUCAUCCAGGUAGAAAAUGAGAAUAGCAUUAGCAGCAGUGUGUAGCAUCUGAUGUGACAGCAACAAGCAAGGACUGAUGUGGAGUAUGAGAAUUUAAAAAUCAAAGGAUUGAUACUUGUGGAUUACAUUAGACCUGAUUUGUUGUACGAAGCAGAGUGCAACGUGAAAGACAUCAGAGUGCUGCAACCUGAUCCAAACUGACCAUUGUCCUAAUGCCCAGCUGACAUAUGGGUGACCAGUGCCAAGGGUCCAUGGUGGAAGACAAGAACUAUUUCCCAAGAACUUCGCUCUGAGGACUACUGCUCAUCCAUCUCCAUCUUCCCUCUGUAAAUGAGGUGACAGAAACAGUGUUCUGACAGCUGGAAAAACAGUCCCAUUUCUCUACAACUGCUUUCUGUGCUUCUGUUCAUGUUGGAGGGUACUUGGGAACAAGCAUGCUUUGUUGUCUGUCCAUGCUGCUUCAGAGGAGGAAAUAAUUGGAAGAAUUAGCAGAAAGGGAAAAGAGGAUUAACAUUGACUUGUUAAGUUUUUUUUUAUCCCCCAGCUCUGUUGAAUCCAGAGCUUUUUUUUCUUCCUUCCCUACGUUUGGUACUUCUUACCACCAAGCAUUAGCAGGAAGGCAAACACAAAACUUGUUGGUGUUUGCUUGUGGAUCCAUGUAAGAGGUGUUAGAGGAGGAAUUAUUACAACUCAAGCUGGAAUUAUUGUUGUUCAAGUGGAGAAGGUGAAGGGAGAAACUCAGUAAUGAUGGAGUCUCACUCAGGACCACACACAUUUUUAACAGUACUACUGCUGUUUACCGUACUAGCAGUGAUGCUUGUAUCCCUAGGACAAGCACAAGAAAUCAACGCUGUGUAUAGGGACUGGUAUGAACCCCAAAGCAGAGACAAUCUUGAGGAAUCUGACGAUGCGCCGGAGCCGAGCUUCGGGGUGUGGAAACCGGUAUCACCAGGGUGGGGUAUACCUGAUACGACGGCGACGGUGGGAGUGGCAUUCAGCCUCAAGAUACCCAAGGAGGCUUUCAGAGGAGAUGUAGAUAAGUAUUUGUUAAGAGAAGUCGGGGCCCAGUCGCUUCCAUCAUGGCUGAACUUCAGCAACAAGACGCACACACUUCAGGGAAUCCCAGGAAAAGAAGACCUACGCCAGUACUAUAUCUCAGUGACUGCAUUGGGAAAGGUUACCAAUUUUACCAAGGACAGCUCAAACACUAAAGAUGUCUUUAGCAUCAAUGUACUGCCACAUGACACACCACAGACAAAGAACACAGAUCAAUCUACAUCCAAACACAAAGAAGGAAUUGUGGUUUGUCCACCAGAGAAGCCAGCUGUUCGAGCAACUAUCAUCUUGGAUGCUGACUGGUCAAUGUUAACACCGCAACAGAGAAUCGAUAUGGUAUCCAAGAUGUCCAAGUAUUCCAGAAUACCCAUGACUGCCUUCAGGCUUCUUCCGGAGAAAGAUGAUGUCAAGGGUUAUCAAGCCUUAGCUGCCGGCAGUGGAAAUGUUGUCACUGCCAAACAUGAAGGGUUGUCAUUGAGUUGGGUGGUUGGAUGUGGUCGGAAUAUUGAACAGUUACCAGUUGUUACCAUCCUAGAGGGUGCUUCAAAGGAUGGCUCUAUGGCUGAGAAAUUAAAUUAUGACAUUAAGGGUUGGCAUGUCAGUAGUAAUACUCCAAUCAUCAAGAAUAGAGUCAGAAGACAAGCCCCUCUGAUGGGAACCCCUAUUCCCACUCCCCUCCCAACAGGUGUACCUAAACCUACAGAAAUUCUGUCCACCUUUACUCCAUCUACUCAUAUAGUCCCCACAGAGAGCUCACCUGUUCUGAGUAGUAUGAUUAGAACAGCAGGUACUCAAGACACCAUGACAAUGACUGUCAAAGAAACUUCCACUAAAACAGGGAAGGUGUCUAUUUCUCCAACAGUCAAAGCAUCAAAGACAUCUUUCUACAAAACACCUGUGAUAACUCCUACGCCAACACCGGCUGUGACGACACCAGUCAUGACAACUUCCGAAGCACCUACUCGCACAUUCAGUCCACCAGUUCCUUCAAUGACGUCCACAGAGAGCCUAGUGGUUAUGCCUACAUUGACAUCAACACCUGUAGCCAGCAGUCCUGUUGAAACAAUGGCACCAACAUCAGUUGUCAUCAUGCCUACUCCAACUAAACCUGCUACAACUCCAUCUGCAGUAACACCAGAGCCAACUGCACCACCAGAAACAACUCCACACAUUAACAAAGGACCAGAGAUUGUCCAUCCGAUUGAAAGGAUAGAUGUCAUUGCUAGAGUUCCUUUUGUGUUUGUAGUCCCAGCAGACACCUACAUGGAUCCAGAAGAUGGCAAUACCCGUAAGCUGUCACUUAUGCUGGUUGAUGCAGAUGGUUCAAUCCUGAGCCCUGAUUUCUGGCUGAAGUUCGACAAGCAGAAGCAAACAAUAUUUGCUUACACUGAGGAGGUUCAUGAUGUGGAAACUUACGUCCUGGUUGCUCAAGAUAAAGAAGGUGUUGAAUUGCGAGAUGCCUUUGAAGUUCAUGUCUUGGAAUCCAAUGCAGUACAAGAGGAUCCACCUCCAGUUGCCAUGGGAGCAACACUUAAUAUCGACUUUGAUGAGUUUAUCAACAAUCCUGCAUUGCAACUUGACAUCCUCAAUAGGAUAGCUAGUGUCUUUGGUGAUCCUGAUGCUAGUGCUCUGACAAUAACUGGUAUACGACGUGGUUCAGUCAUUCUCUCUUUCACCAAUAAUACCAUUCCAAAGGAUACAUGUCCUGUUGAGUUGAUUGAAGAACUCAUGAAGAAGCUUGUAACAGCUGAUGGCAAGCCAACGCAAGCUCUUAUUGAUGCAUUUGCUCCUAAUUACACUAUUUCUGGUGUUGAGGCGGCUCCUCAAGGCACUUGUGAUGCAACCACUCUAGCUCCUACGACUCCUGCCACCAAGGCCUUCCCUCCUCCUGUAGAUGGCAAUACAAAAUCAAAUGAUGCAUGGAUUACCAAUGUCCUUCCAGGUGUCAUUGUCGCAUUCAUCAUCAUCCUGGCAGGUAUUGUGGUAUUCAUUCUCUACCGCAGGAACCGAAAGGGAAAACUCUCAGACGAAGACCAGAAUACAUUCAUCAACAAAGGAAUCCCCAUCAUAUUCACCGAAGAGUUGGACGAAGCCGACAAACACCCUUCAUCGACACCGUUAAUCAUGAAGAACGAAAAGCCACCAUUACCACCCCCAGAAUACUCUGCUGAUGAUGGAACAAGACAACCUUUGAUGAGUGACCAUAGACCUACAGAUGAUGCAAACAAGCCAUCAAUGCCCAUGGUGGAUCUAGGGGGUUCUCCUCCUUACGAGCCUCCACCACCUAUAACACCUUCACCACCAGAGAGUAGGAAUUCCCAUGCCCCAAGCACGACGCGAUUUCAAUCACCACCUGCCUAUGUUCCCCCUUAACCUCUUUACAGCUGUUGGCCUCAUGAUCCUAGAAUCAUUGUAUCACUUUCUACAUAAACAAUGCCUUGAUGAUUUAUCCUCAUAUCAUCAUUCUCUACAUGCAGUCUAAAUAAUCCGUUUAGAGACAAGAGAUCAAACAUUAUCAGAGGAAAUCAUCCUUUCUUGAGGUUUCUUGAGUAAGAAUGGUUAAUGUAAAAUUACUUGAUACUCAUCUCUAAGUCUAUGUUCAUAAACUCAAAACUAAAUUGAACUGCCCGGCUUGUGCUUCUCAGGCCAUGUGUAUAGUAUGCAAAGAGCAUCCCUUGAGACAUGUACUAUCAUUCAUGUGAGUUUUAUAUUUAACCUGUUAAUUUAAUAAUCAUUUUAGUACCAUGUUCCUGCAAGUGUCAAAGCUGUGUACAAAGUAAAAUUGUGCUAUGAAAAUGAAAGCUUGUUAGUGUAAGAUGUCGAUGACUCUAGUGGUCAUGAUGUCUUCGGUUGUGCUCGCUUUCAUGCUAAGGAGGUAGUUUUUAACUGAUACAACAUUAUCUGUGCCAUAAAGAAAUAUGUAAAUGGCACUGGAUUCUAUUUAAGUACAAAGUCUACACACAUUUCAAGGUUGUAUGAUAUUCUUCCAGUGGUCAGGCAUGUAUUCAGUCACAUGUGAUGCAAUCAUUAUGUAAAGCCUUUGCUUGCAUGAAAGAAGCAAGCAGUAGUUUACCUGCAUUUAGUCUAGAGUUAACAUGUACUUCCUGGGCAUAAAUGAUAUGUCAUUGCAAUAUUGACUUCUGAUUUUUUUUUUAUAUGUAUAUACCUGUACAGGUGUAAGAAAGAUGUGAUAGAAUAAAUAAACUUGAAGGUGACAACAUGAUGGAACAAUGUUGCCUGUUCAUGUUUCAGAUACCUUUAGUUCUUUCAUUGACUGUUACAAACCAUGGCCCGUAUUCUGAAGUAAGGUUUAACUUAGACCAUGGUCUAACUCUGUGCUGAAAUUAUGGCAAGCCAAACAUGUCAGCAUUUUGUUUACAUUGUAUGCUUCUUUUACUCUGCUCUUUCAUAAUUUUUAACGGUGAAGACAACUAUCAUACUCAUCCUACCCAGGCAGUUAAGAAUGAUUUAAGAGCCAAGUGAGCUGAUUCAGUGAACUUCUAGUUGGAGAUCUGUGUCACAGUUAGCUAUCCAUAGUUAAACCACAACUUUAGACCAGAGUUAAAAUCAAAUCUGAUUUCAGAAUACAGUCCCAUGAAAACAAAAUAGCAUCAUGUUUGCAUUGAUCAGCAUCAUCUGUCAGCUUAUUUUGUACACUAUGCAUUAUGUAUUUAUUAAUAAUGAACAUGAAGUCAUCAUAUAUUAUAUUUUUGUCUCUUCUCUCUGUCACAUUAUAGUCAUUACAGCAAUGAGUUAAGAUAUUCAGGCAGGCAUCAUUCAUAGUGCUUGUGGUAGUGUAUUUUCUGAACAUGGGGAUCAGAAAACACACAUUUUUGCGUAAAUGAUAGGAAAGUGAGAGAUUAAUUUGUAGUACAAUGCACAACUCAUUCCUGCAUUAUAUACCUAUAUAUAUGCAAAUGAGAUGGAUUAGUCCUUUUUUGUUUGUAUAUUAAUUUGUUAUCUUUGUUACAAAACUACAUUGUUUUAUAUUGGUUUAUACAUCAUCCACUGAAGUCAUAUGGAUGCUUUUGUUCAGGAAUCUCUUUUUUAAGUCGAUUUGUAAUAUGUAUCAGGUGUCUAGUUCUCUUGGAAAACUGAAUACCUUUUGUCUCAAGACUCAUGAGGACAGAUGAAAUAUUGUACAUAAUUAGGAAUAUGAAGAUCAUUAUGUCGAGAUUACUCAUCAUUGUGUAUUAAAGACAGCUGUGUAGCCAUAUCUUUCAUUCAUAAAUUUGUAAAGCAUAAUUUGAUCACAUUGCACGGUCUUGCAAGCCAAGUCCUAGUCCUAAUUGCAACAGUACUCUGUAGUCUUUGGCAAAGAAGGCCAGAUAACAUAGUACUCUUUACAUGAUUCUAGUACUAAUUCUCGACAACUUUGAUGAAUGUACUACUUUGCCAUUGCAUAUUUUCCAUAUUAAGUCAGAGAAAAAGAAUGUAAGAACAAUUGUAUUGUGUACUAUCUGAUGUAAUGGCUUGAACAGCAUUUCAUGCGAUGUUACCUCGAAUAAGAGAAUUCAUAACCAUAGUGCAGCGUGUAGCAUAGUAUAUCUUAAAGCAGAAUAGCUUUCUGAAACUUUUUUGGUACACAAAGGAAAACAGAGAAAAUGAUAAAUUGAUACUUGAGCUUAUUAGAGUUUAAUAUUUGUCUACUUUAUUUAAGGUUAGAUUGGAGUUGAAAUGAUUGUUUGAAAACAUUUUUAUGGUUGUACAGAUUGCUUGACAAAUCAUGAAAAAAUUAUGUGAUAAAAGAAGAGAGUGCUGUUUAUCUGUGGUGUACUAAAGAAAGCACACUGGGAUCUGACUGUGAUUAAAGAAGUGCAUAAUUAUUGUAGAAGAAAAAAAUAUUGAUUAUAGCUUGUCAAAUCAUGUGACAUGUGAAUCCUUUUCUUGUCAUUUGAAUUUAAAGACAAUACAUGGAAUUGACACUUUUAUGCCUUUUUUGUAGCUGAACUGAUAGGUUGGGAAGAAUGAUAUUUGUCAGACUAUAUACAUAUUACUAUAUGACAUGAUUCAAUUAAAAAAAAUCAUUGUAGAAUUGUAGGAAAACAUAUACUAAAAUGUUUCAAUAGCCUUGAUUUUCUUGAAAGUAAACAUAUUGUCUGUUACAUUUUCUUUGUCAAGAGCCUGCAAAACUGUAGACAUAAAUCUCAUAGUAUUUAUGUUUUAUAAGAAGAUAGUUACUGGUAAAUAGCAUGGAACUAUUUGUGGUUUUCUAGAAUUACAGCACUUUGCACUCUUCCAAUUUCUUUUAUUCAGAUAGGAACUUGAGAAUGUUUAAAUUCUUGUUUGGUUUUGACACUUUUUAUCUUGUAGUUCAUUUUGAUUUGGCAGAAUAUGAAAUGUAGCUUUUUGUAUAUAAGAUUUCUUUCGUUGUUAUUUGCUUAUCAGUGACAGCGAUUUGGAUAUUUCAUGGAAUUGUGUGUGUUUUUAAACAGAAAGACAACACAUAGUUUUGUGUUUGAUGACGUUAAAGGUAUUUAUCAAGACAAAGUUCUGAAUGUCCCCCUUUCUAUCAUUUUUUUAUUUAAAAGAGUUAUGUAUAAGGAUCAAAGGUGCUUAGAUAAAACAACUUGUACAUAUAUUUAAAACCAAGUUUUGUUUUAGCCCACUUUCACUCAGAUCUUUGAUUUGUGUAUGAUUUUUUUUUUAAUAUAUAUAGUAAUUUUUGAGUGACCAAAUCUCACAGAAAAUAAUUCUGAGGGAUAUGCAUAAAUUUAUUCAUAUUUUACAGCCUUCUAUUUUGCACAAGAAAUACUAAGCAUACUAAGUUUCCAUGAAGAUGAGAACUCUUUGUAAAGAGCAAGGAAUUUUGUUAACAAUAGUAUAUUAGAUAAGAGCUGCUAGUUUAUUCUUGGGGAUCGUUCGUAAGUUCAGAGUGCCUUUGAGAAUGACUGUUGAUCCUAUCUUGCAGUAAAUGAUAUUCACCAUUGAAUGUUCAUUGGUGAUUAUUUAGCGUGUAAAAAAUUGUGCACCAGUCGUUCUUUAGGUCGAUCUUAACUUAUGAACAACUUUAUGAAACACCCACCAGGUUUGUGCUGCCAGUAUAUUUUUAUCAGCAGUAGUAUAAUGGAUAAUCAAUUAAUUCCUACUUUCUGUUUAGCAAAAUAAGGUUUUGAUAAUUCAUCCUUUAAAUGCAGCAAAACUUAAAUGACAACAUUAUUUGAAUUACAUGGCUGUAUUUUCUAAUAUUUCCAAUGUGAUUAUUU